GAUACAGCAAAGUUAUCGUUUUGCUUACUAAUAAUAACGCCUCGUCCUCCAGAGCUAAAGAAAAGGCUUUUCUUAAGGAAAUCAAACUCAUAUCGCAGGGAGGUGGUGACUUCACCUGGGUCCUGCAGCUGCUUCGUGGCCCCGGGGCAGUUUCUCGGCUGGUGCGGCACCGAAGGCGCCUCCCGGCGAGUCCCGGCCUGCGGGCACCUGGGCACCUGGGCAGGUGGGCGGGUCCGCGCUGCGGGUCGCGGACCGCCCCCGUCCCCGGUGCCAGCCCCGUGCCGCCCGCGCCCCCAGCGCCCCCAGGCCGCUCCAGGCCGACCCCGGGCCCCCUCCCCGAGUCUCCACCGCCCCGCACGCUCGGAGCCGAUACCCGGCCUCACCCUCCUCCGGCUCCGGGCCCACUCACACCCGUCUCCGGCUGACCCGGGGCCCUCCCCGCGCCCCCGCCGCCUGGAGCUGCCCGGGCGGGCGGCCGGCGGCCGGUGCGAGGCCCCUCCCCGACGGAGUCGCUCAGCUCGGAGGAAGCGGAGGCGGCGGCAGCGCCGAGACCUCGCCGCGCUCAUGGCGUCGCCCGGACACUCAGAUUUGGGAGAAGUGGCCCCAGAAAUAAAAGCAUCUGACAGACGAACAGCUGUGGCCAUUGCAGAUUUGGAAUGGAGAGAAAUGGAAGGAGAUGACGAUGGUCCGAAUGAGGCUCAGGACAGUGACUUUCCAACAGUGGAGAGGAGCAGACUACAAGAAAUGCUGUCCCUCUUGGGACUAGAGACAUACCAGGCGCAGAAGCUCAGCCUCCAGGACUCCUUGCAGAUCAGCAGUGACAGCAUGAAGAACUGGGCUCCUCACGCUCCCAAAGACUUGCCCUGGAGUUUCCUCAGGAAGCUGCAGGCCCUCAACGCCGAGGCCAGGAACACCACCAUGGUGCUGGACGCGCCCCCGGACGCCAGGCCUGUGGAGAAGGAGAGCCAGGUGGAAGAGGAGACCAUCUACUGGGACACGGCCGAUGACAUCUCUGCGGACAUCUAUUCCUUCUCCGAGCUGCCGACGCCCGACACGCCUGUGAACCCCUUGGACCUUCUCUGUGCCCUCCUGCUUUCCUCAGAUAGUUUCCUGCAACAAGAAAUUGUGCUAAAAAUGUCCCUCUGCCAGUUUGCACUCCCUCUCGUUUUGCCCGACCCAGAAAACCACUACCACACGUUUCUGCUGUGGGCCAUGAGGGGGACUGUGCGGACAUGGGGGUCACAGCCCCCGAGGGCGGUGGGCAGCUUCAGAGAAGACAGCGUGGUCCUGUCCCGAGCGCCCGCCUUCGCCUUCGUGCGCAUGGAGGUCAGCAGCAACUCCAAGUCCCAGCUUCUCAACGCCGUGCUCAGCCCUGGCCACAGGCAGCGGGACUGUUUCUGGCAUCGGGAUCUGAACUUGGGCACCAACCCUCGGGAGAUUGCAGACGGGCUGGUGGAAAUUUCCUGGUUCCUUCCCAGUGGCAGGGAGGACUUGGACAUUUUCCCGGAGCCCGUGGCCUUUCUGAACCUGAGAGGUGACAUCGGCUCUCACUGGCUGCAGUUUAAGCUCUUGACCGAAAUCUCCUCGGCCGUGUUCAUCUUGACUGACAACAUCAGUAAGAAGGAAUACAAACUGCUGUACUCCAUGAAGGGGUCGGCCACGAAAUACUACUUCAUCCUGAGCCCCUACCGUGGGAAGCGAAACACGAACCUGAGGUUUCUGAACAGGUUAAUCCCCGUGCUGAAGAUGGACCACUCGCACGUCCUGGUGAAGGUCAGCAGCACGGACAGCGCGGGCUUCGUGCGCAGGGUCCGCGCCAUCGUGGCACACGUGGCCCGGUCCCCCUGCAGGCGGGUCUCUGUGGAGGACAUGGCGAACGCGGCCCGCAAGCUGGGGCUGAGGGUCGACGAGGACUGUGCCGAGUGUCAGCGGGCGAAGGGCCGGAUGGAGCAGAUCACCAGGAAGAUCAAGGACUCGGACGCCUACCGCCGGGACGAGCUGCGGCUGCAGGGCGACCCGUGGAGAAAGGCGGCCCAGGUGGAGAAGGAGCUCUGCCAGGUCCAGUGGGCGGGGGACCCUCCUGAGAAGUACAGGGCCGAGCUGAGGCAUCGGCUCCUGGAACUUCGGAUGCAGCAGAACGGCCACGACCCUGCCUGGGGGCUCCAGGAGUUCAUCUCGGGCAUCAGCAGCCCGUCUCUGGGCGAGAAGCAGUACUUCCUGAGGUGGAUGGAGUGGGGACUGGCCCGGGCGGCCCAGCCAAGGCCAAGACCGUCUCCGGAGACGACGCUUACCCUGAGACCAAAGCACUGCGGGGCUGUGGACUUCGGCGAGCCGCUCUGGCCCGAGCCCCUGGGGGUGGAGCAUUUCCUGCGGGAGAUGGGGCAGUUCUACGAGGCGGAGAGCUGCCUCGUGGAGGCCGGGAAGCUGCCGGCGGGGCAGAGGCGGUUCGCCCACUUCCCCGGCUUGGCCUUGGAGCUGCUGCUGCGGGGGCUUCCGCUGGAGCUGAUCGACGGGAACACGCUGAGCACGCCCCUGCGCUGGGUCACGGGGCUCCUGAAGGAGCUGCACGUCCGCCUGGAGAGGCGCUCGCGCCUGGUCGUGCUGUCGGCGCUCGGCGUGCCGGGCACAGGCAAGUCCACCCUCCUCAACACCAUGUUUGGGCUGCGGUUUGCCACGGGAAGGGGCCGCGGUCCCCGAGGGGCCUUCAUGCAGCUCCUCACGGUGGCCGAGAGCUUCAGCCAGGACCUGGGCUGUGACCACAUCCUGGUGAUAGACUCCGGGGGCCUGAUCGGCGGGGUCCUGACCGAGGCGGGGGAGAGGUUUGAGCAGGAGGCUUCCCUGGCCACUUUGAUUAUGGGGCUGAGCAACGUCACUGUGGUCAGCUUAGCGGAAACGAGGGACAUUCCGCCGGCUAUCCUGCAUGCGUUUCUGAGGCUGGAGAAAACGGGGCACAUGCCCAACUAUCAGUUCGUGUACCAGAGCCUUCACGACGCGUCCGCCCCCGGCUCCAAGCCGAGGGAGAGGAAGCAGCUCCUGGACCAGCCCAGGGAUGCGAGCAGAGCCACGGUGCAAAUGGAGGAUCAGGGGGGCGGGAUCCGGACGCUGGCCGGCCUGGCCUUUUGUGACCCUGAGAAGCAGCACGUUUGGAACAUCCCUGGCCUGUGGCACGGAGUGCCCCCCAUGGCCGCUGUGAGCUUGGGGUACAGCGAGGCCAUUUUUGAACUGAAGAGGUGCCUGCUGGAGAACAUCCGGAAUGGCCUGUCCAACCAAAACAAAAACGUUCAGCAGCUCAUCGAGCUGGUACGACGGCUGUGACGCCUCGGAAGGAAAGGAGUCCAGCUGCCAGAGGCCCGCCGCGCGCAGCCUGUUCUGAUGCGGGCGUCCACGUGGAGCCGUGCCCGGCUCCUGAGAGGGGAGGAAAGUGACAGACGGGGCUCAGCUCUGGAGCUGCCUACACAGGGUCAGGAGAGGAUGUAACCUCACAGAUCAGCUCAGAGACGCUCCCGGGAGUAUAAGAACCCGGGGGCAGGAGGCGUAGACACAAGCAGUAACUUGUCCUUUGUCUCUGGACUUCGAGGCCCCUGGUGGUUUGGUCUUUUGUACAGCUGCUCCCCACUGUCUGCCUCUGAGUGGAGAGUGGCUCUGGAGCACUGCAGCCCGGGCAGCUGGUACCUAGGACAGGGUUGGGGAGCCGCCCUGAGGAAGCAGAGGUCGGCCUCCCCUCCAGCGAACCUCAGCAUCGGCCUCGGCGACCUGGUCCUGCCCACUGAGGGGAGGGCCCGCUGUGGGCAAGGGCUACCGUGAUACUCUGUGUUGACCGACCCUGCCUCAGGAGGAGUUCCUGUCGGCCCUUUCGCGCCCACAGCGCUUCGUUCACGCCUCUGCUGCAACACUCAACACGCGCAGCGUGACUUACCUGUGCACGUGUCUGCCUCUCCCCUAGACUUGUGAGCUCCUAGAGAGCAGGGGCUGUACACUACCCAACUUUGUACCCCCGGGGCCUGGCGCACUGCAGGCACUUAAUAAAUGUGUGUUGGAUGAAUGAAACUAGUGAAUGCACAAAUGACAGUAAUGGGCAGUUUCGGCUCUGUCCCUUAAUUUUUCUGUUUCCUCCAAGAGGAUCACGGUGUCUGUCGGAGGGGGUUGCUUACUAGAACAUCUGAAAUAGCGGACACCUGAGAGACGUGUCUUUAAAAAUGCCACCACGUCCCCUCUCUUUAAGCGGAGAUCCAUUCUUCAGGCUGUUACGGGAAAACAGAACUAAGUAUCUUCACAGGGGCUCCAAAAUAGCUCCAUCCUUACCCCGUUUUAGAGACGAGGCAAGGAGGCCUAGAGCAGUUCAGCAGCUCGCCCAGCCCACAGACCCGCGUCGGCAGAGGGGAGGUGAUGGGGACGCCGGUGCCCUCAGCUCUGCGCCUCUGCUUCCCGGCCGUUCAUCUUCCCCAGACUUCCACAGCGUCCAGGCUCACCCGCAGCCUUGCCCCUGGGUGUCGGCCCUCCAUCUCACUUCCGUGCCUCCAGGGCCAGGCCUCCUCCCUGACAUCCUCCGUGGCCCACUUGACACCAUGAGCCAGAGCGUGGAGCGCCGCCUCUGGCGAGUCUCCAGCCGGAAUCUCUGUCUGUGCUGGCCCUUACCAAGGGCCAGGGUCACCCCUCUGUGCCUCAGACCCCAAUCGCAGCUGUGUCACUAGUUCUGGGAAUCUCUGCUUGGGCCCUAGGGCCUCCUCCCCUCUGUAUUUUGUGAUUUCGGGACAAUCAGGCCCCCCGGGUGGUAACCAGGAGCUUCUCUCUAUUCCUUGAACGCCUCCUCCCUCCCAGGCUCGGAAAGGGAGCCCUCCGGACUGGAACCCGUGUUUGGGUGCCCAGGCUCCUCAGCCCCUUCUCUGGCCCCAGCAUGCUCCCCCGAUAUUCAGAAAGUUGCCCCUGUGUUCCAGGAACCCGGCUCUGAUGUGUGAAACGGAGGCU